AUCCAGCCAACGCGAAAAGAGUCACGUGCAACCCCGCGGACAACGAACAGACCAGUGGGAAAGGUUGAACGAUUAUGGGCAACUGUGUGUGCCAGGUGGGGUCGUUCAUUGAUUUUCCGGCUUUGCUUGUCAUUGCGAGAUUCGGUCGAAUUACUGCAAGCAAGCGCCUGGAUAAAAUAUCCGCCAACCAUAUUAUACCUUUUUUUCUUCGAUAUCGUCACUGUUAUAUGAACUUCCCCAAUUCAUCCAUCUAAAUGACAACAAAACCACGAGGACGUACAGGGGGAAGGCGAGGUCGACCUCCCAAGAGACGCAUUAUUACAACCAGCCACGAACCUGAAUCGCCAGAACCACCAAGAGUCAAUGCCACCCAUCUCAACCUACCCCAGCCUUCUCAUGACACGGUGAAGCCACGAGAAGAGCAAUCUUACAAGGAUUAUUUUCCUGAUCUGAAUAUCAAGGAAGCCUUGCUAGUGAUCACUAUUCCGGACAACAACGACGCGUCUGCCGAUGCAGUCGCCCAUCGCGAACCUGACCAUGAACCAUCGGACGUCAAUGCAUCAGUGCAACUUCAAAACGGAACAGAGUCAACCCCAAUAAAUCUUGUGCAACAAGACAAUACGCGUUCUACGCGUGUCAAUCAAGAUCGUCCGCUGCCACGAGUAAUAGAACGUAUAGCCGUGAUAACAGACAGGGGUGACGAAAGUGGAGUGAAUUCCGAAGCUGAAGGCACCUCGGAGCUUUCUUUUGCCACCACGGAAGAAACCGACGACGAGCAGCGAUCGAUCGGCUAUGACGACUUGAAAAAGAAUGAAGCUUUGCAGUCAACGCAUCCCAUUAUCGAACAUCAAAAAGAAGGCGAUUCCUAUCAAGCGCUGUCAACUCGACCGCAACCUCAUCCAGCACUCAUCGAUACGGUUCCGCCGCCUAGUACUCGAUCGCGCAAUUCCAUCGUCAACGAUGUCAAUGUCAAUCUGCUACCCAAACCGUCAUUCCACAAAUGUGUAGACGAAGACGAAGAACAGACAACGAGCAAACCGGAUGAUAAUGCCGGUGCGACAGAAGAACCGGCGACAACAAAAGGCUUUCUUCGUCCUGAAAAUCACUACAUUCGAUAUAUUGAACCAUCAGAGAGCGAGCUAUUUGCGACUGUGGAAUAUGACAUGGAUGAGCAAGAUGAGGCAUGGUUACAAAUGCUGAACGAAGAACGUCGAGAGGAAAAUUUGGGAGAAGUGCCGAAUGAUCUGUUUGAACACAUCAUUGACCAGCUUGAGAAAGAGUGGUUUGAUCUGAUAAAAAACCUACCCAAACCGGGAAGUGACGAACCCAUGCUCCCUGAAGACUCGGCUUGUGCUAUUUGCGAUGACGGCGAGUGUGAAAACAGCAACGCCAUUGUUUUUUGUGAUGGAUGUAAUAUGGCGGUCCACCAAGACUGUUAUGGUAUACCCUACAUUCCAGAAGGACAGUGGCUGUGUCGAAAGUGCAUGGUAUCUCCAGAGAAUCCUGUCUCUUGUCUUUUCUGUCCGAAUGAAGGCGGUGCCUUUAAGCAAACCAAUACGAACAAGUGGGGUCACUUACUAUGUGCUAUCUGGAUUCCCGAAGUCGGGUUGAGCAACAGUGUAUACAUGGAGCCGAUCGACAAUAUUGAAAAUAUCCCAAAAAGCCGAUGGAAACUAACGUGCUACAUCUGUCGCAAACGCCAAGGUGCCUGCAUCCAAUGCGACAACAAGCAUUGCUUCGUGGCGUUUCAUGCCACAUGUGCUCGCUGGGUCCGUCUGUGCAUGCGCAUGAAAUCUCAUAGUUCGCAUUACGAUAGUGUAGUCCUGAAAGCCUAUUGUGAUAAGCAUACCCCACGUGAUUACAGAGAACAGGUGGACGUCGAGCGCAACGUUCUUGCGGCACAUGCAUUCUUUUCGCGUAAAAGAGGUGCCCAAUCCAUGCCACGUCGACGGUAUAUCGAUGAAGAAUUUGAUGAUCUCAAUACCCUCUUUCAUCAAGACAAUGAAGGAGAAUCAGAGGAAGAGGAGUCUGACGAUGAAGAUCACCGAAGAAAGAAACGUCGCAAGAAGAAUCACCGUUCCAUAAACACCGUGGACCAGUUGCUUCCCAGUUCCAAAGCCGCCCGUGCCCAUCAGCAUCAGUAUUCUUCCGGGGCUCCUAUUGCUCCUGAGUACUUGCUGAAUAAACUGGAAAAUUUAAAAUGUGUGCGGCAAGCCAGUCAUCUUCGCAAGAAAUCGCAACUCAUUACCAGCAUUUGUCGCUACUGGUCUCUGAAACGUGAAUCACGACGAGGGGCUCCCUUAUUGAAGCGAUUGCACUUGGAGCCAUGGACCGCUUCUUCGACGCAGCACAAACAGAACGAGGUCGAAAAGGCCCAACGAGCUUCUACCAUGAUGGCGUUGCGAGCGGAUCUUGAGAAAGUACGCAUGUUAUCGGAACAGGUGCAGAAGCGCGAAAAGCAAAAAUUGGAUCAGUUGCGGAAACAGAAAGCAUAUAUGGAAAUGAUUUUGUUUCCGGUUGAAUACAUUGCCAAGCCUAUCAUCGAACAGCUCAUGGAAUUGGAUAAGAACGAUCUGUUCAGAUAUCCCGUGACUCCAGAACUCGCUUCUGACUACCGCGAUAUCAUCGAACAUCCCAUGUCAUUUUCUGAUAUUUGCGAGCGAAUUCUUGCUCAUGAAUACACGGAAUUGAAGGAAAUUGAGCACGAUCUCCAGUUGAUCUGGAAGAAUAGCAUGACAUACAACAAGCCCGAAACCCCAUACUAUCGCUUAGCUCAGCGAUUAGAAAAGUAUGCCAAUGAAUGGAUGAAAAAGGCAUAUGAAGAUUUCGAUGGUUUAAUCACUACCAAGGAAGCCGGCAUUCUGGCAGUGGAUAUUAAUCCUGAGAUUUUCGCCUACAACAAUCACUUGAUACCAACCGCUGAGCAAGUAGCGGCACAGAAACAGAAGGAAGAAGAGGAGCGACGAAAAGAGGAAGAAGAAGCCAGGCUGGCAGAAGAAAAAGCGAAACAAGAGCAGAGGAAAGCAGAGAUUAUUGCGCGGGCAUCGGAAGCAAGGCGAAGGACGAUGGAGCAAAAGAGAAUACAAAAGGAAAAGACAAGAUUGAAAAAACAACUUGCAGCGUCCAUGCGAAAGAAACGACCAGUGGCUGUGAAGAAUGAGCAAGUAGAGAAAGAAAAUAAGCCUCAUAAUAUUUUACGGAACGGCUCACUACGUAAGCGCAUCGACCAACAGAACGCAAGGGACAGACGAAGUAGAUCUGCGACGCGUCAGCUGCAAACGCGUUCAGGUUCAUCACCCGAAAGUGCAGAUCAAGCGAAAAAAUUACGAUCUCAUAACAAUGAGUCCAAUGAGACAGCGCCUGCAACCACCGUCAAACGGCGUCGAGGUUCUGUGGAUGGUUCAACGUCCGUGCCGAAAAAAUUGUCCCGUUCAUUAUCAUCAGACAAAAACAACGAACCAUUGUCGCAAGAAAAUAAACGAAGUCGUACCGUUGCACCUGGCAAAACCACCCAUGCGAAACGAGGACGACCCAGAAAAUUCAAAGCAAACGACUUUGUCUGGGCCCGCGUAAGAGGAUUUCCAGCUCAUCCUGCUCGAGUUAUUGAUGUGAAUGAUGACACGGUUCCAUCCAACGUCCAACGGAAGAAAAACGACAACAGUCAAGUACUCGUGCAGUUCUUUGAGGUGCCUGCUAGACAUCAAUGGGGGUGGAUGAAGCAAUCGGAUCUUCACGAGUUUGGUGAUUCGGCUGUGGAUAUCGAAAUGCUGACCCAAGCAAAAAGGUCGAAACGCAAAGUACGCAUUGAAGAGAUCGUCCGAGGGUAUCGAUAUGCAUGCAAACUCAAGGGAGAAAACGCCAAUGCACAAUUGAAUCAAGUUUUCUGAUCCCUGUCACAAAAAAAUACCUAUCCAUCAUCUUCAACAUCUAGGAACAAUUGGUAAAAAGAAAAAAGCUCCUUUCAUGUUUGUAUAUAUCCCAUAUCCCACGCACAUACACACUUCCAUCUUCAAUCAUUUGUCCAAACACAUGUUCAUCUACAACACACACACACACACGCUUUUCGGUAUCGAAUCAACAUAUACACAUCCUAUGCAAAGAUCAUAACAUCACAUUCGGUCUAUUUUCUCCCGUGUUUAUCCUCAUCGCAAUAAAACGACCUUUGUCUCUUUACCACAGCUGAUUACGGAUUCAAAAGGAAAUUGAUCUACACGACUUGGG